GAGAGAGAGAGAGAGAGAGAGAGAGAGACAGAGAGGAAAGGGUAAGGGUCAAAUCGAGUGGCGAAGGGUUGGGCUUGUUGUUGUCUUCUUUUUAUAUAUAGUUUUUGUGGUUCUGGUUUCUGGUAUUACCCCUUAACCCAGAAACCCAAAAGGAAAAGAAAAUUAAAAAAAAAAAAAAAGAAAGAGAAAAUUUUCUAGAGAGGGAAACACAAACAGAAAGCUGAGGAAAAAAAGAAAAAAAAGAAAAGAGAGAUAAUACUUGAACACACGAGAAAAAGAAAGCUCGAAAAUCGAUACACCAAAAGAAAAGCUUUAACCUCUCUCUCUAUUAUCCUUUUCACUGUUUCUCUUAUCUUUCUUUUAUUUUAAGUCUUUCUCCGAUCUUUACUAUGGAUCCAUUUGAUUUGGUUCGCAAAGGGUUUUUUGUGGAUUUGCUUUCUCUAUUGGAAAUGGAGCUAAUUUAUCCAUUGGUCUUUUGUUAAAGGUUUUGGAUAAAGCGUGCUGCUGCUACAUAAGGGUUAAUUCAUGUAUCAGUGUGUUUAAUACAUGUAGAGUAUUUCUUAUUUCCAUUUUUAAAGAAAUGAGCUUAUCUAAGAAAGGGUCUCAAACCAACACCACCAAGCUAAAUAUUCCCAGCAAGGCAACUGCUUUGAAUCCAAAUGCAGCAGAAUUCGUUCCCUUUUCCCUUAGAUCGUUAUCUUCACCAUCUGGAAGUACAUCAAAUGCAGCAGCCACUACAGCAAGGUUUGCUACUUCUGGGCCUGUAGGGAAAGCAGUUCUUGAUCGAUCAGAGUCUUCUAUUUCUACUACAUCUGAUGAGGAGGCCCAUCAGUUCUGGCGCCAUCAGCUCCCUGAUGAUAUCACCCCUGACUUCAAGGUCAUGGGAGAAGAUGAAUCUCAAUCACUAGGAGGGCUCUCUUUAGCAGGCUUGUCUUUGCAUGACAGCAGUGAAGUUCCUAAGUUCCCUGCUUCUGUUGGCAGUGGAUACAUAUUAACCGAGCAACAGGAACCAUCCCCAAGGCAUAUAAAUGGUAGCAGCUUCAGUGAAAAGAUGAGAUAUGCUAUUGCUUCUUAUGGAGAAGAUCCAACUUCAGCAGCUGGUUAUUUGAAUUUGCCAACUAAACCGUGGGACAAGCAGAUUAUUAACAAUGAUCACCUUCUUGGCAAUGGUAGGGAGGUACAUCCAUACAAUGGGAAUUCAAGGCGGGGAUUUAUGAAUGAUAUGUUAGGUGAACAGGCAAUAGUUGAUGAACCUGACAUGAAUCCUUUAGACUUUUUGGCUUCACAUUUCCCUGGGUUUGCUGCUGAAAGCCUUGCGGAGGUUUACUUUGCAAAUGGAUACGACUUAAAUCUCACUAUUGAGAUGCUUACUCAGCUAGAGCUUCAAGUCGAUGGUGGUUUCAAUCAGAAUAUGAACUCAAAGGCGUUGUCAGCUCCCAAUCUUAGUGCCAUGGACUUUCCAGCGCUUCCCGUGCCAGAUAGUCAGAAUAGUCCUUCAAAAUAUUCUGGGGAUGAUAUUCAGCAAAGUGGCAAUCCUUAUCGAUCUUCUGACAAAGAGAACAUACUUUUAUUCAAAUCCAGUUCCUCCACCCCAUCUAGAGGUGGUGCAAUAGAUUUUGCUUCAGCUGUCAGGAAGUUGGCAUCUCAAGAUUCUGGCAUAUGGAAGUAUGAGAGAAAUGGUUCUGCUGAUUCCGCGGUUGGUUCAAGCAGAAGUUCUCAUGUGUUAGCUAGCUCAUAUAGCAGUGGAAACGGGAGAGGCAUUUAUUCAGAGCGGGCACAAAAUCGUGGUUCAGCUCGAGCAGCUCCUGUCUGGCUUGAAACUGGAGAAGCAGUGGCAAAUAUGUAUUCUGAGUUGCGGGAAGAAGCUCGUGAUCAUGCAAGGUUACGAAAUGCCUAUUUUGAACAGGCACGGCAAGCAUACCUCAUUGGAAAUAAGGCUCUAGCCAAAGAAUUAAGCGUGAAAGGGCAGCUGCAUAAUAUGCAUAUGAAAGCAGCUCAUGGGAAGGCUCAGGAAUCUAUAUAUCGCCUAAGGAACCCAAUUAGUUCCGAGAUGCAGGGAAAUGGGAGAGGACAUGAACGGAUGAUAGACCUUCAUGGUCUACAUGUGAGUGAAGCAAUUCAUGUGCUAAAGCAUGAACUAAGUGUUCUCAGGAGCACAGCUCGAGCUGCAGAUCAGCGGCUGCAGGUUUAUAUUUGUGUUGGGACAGGUCAUCACACAAGGGGUUCCCGAACUCCAGCAAGACUGCCAAUCGCUGUCCAGCAAUACCUGCUUGAAGAAGAGGGCCUUGAUUACACUGAACCACAGCCAGGGCUGCUACGGGUAGUGAUCUAUUGAGACAGAGACUUGACGUGAGGUAUAGGAGUUUUUUUUGACAAAUGCAAAAUCCAAGCCGUAGUCAUAAAAUCAUUCUUGUAUCUGUACAUGAGAAGAAAUGGAAGACAAAAAGUAGUUGAAAGCCUGAAAAAUGGAAAGAAAAAAAAGAGAAAAAAAUGAGGUUCUUAAAAAAAAGAAAAAUUUAGGAAAAGGAAGGGUUAAGGAAAGGAAGCAGGAAGUGUAUUAUUAAGGAAGGUUUAACCGGUUGACAUCGGCAUUACUUUCGGGAGCCAUCACGGACCCUACAUCAGCCGAUCUUUUACAACUUUUUGCAUUUUGUUAAUUUUGUACCUUAUUUUUUGUUACAUUUUCUUUCUCUCUUUUUUUUUUUUUUUUUUUAAAUUCUCAGAUGUAACUGAUAGAAUUGAAUUACAUGAUAGUACAAUUCUUCAAA